AUGGAUGCAAAUGCCAUUGAGUACUUCUCCCGGCUGCUUGGUUCCCCAAUGAAGAAAACAAGUUUCGUUGAACAAAAUAAGCUUGCAGCUCUUCAGAUGAAAGGCUUGGUAGUGUUGAAGUAUAUUGCAGCUGCUGUUAUUGCUACUGCACAGCUUUGGCUUUGGUGUACCUGGUGA